AUGGAUAUUAUAAUACUUUGUAAUGAAACAUUUUAUCAUAAAACUGAUGAUAAUGAUGCAUUGUUUCCACAUUUAUUAACACAAAUUGGUAUUAUACCAGAUAUUACAGUUGAUAGAGAAUUAAUUAUAUUAGCUGAUAUUGAUAAUGAAACAACAAAUCAAGGCUUAGAUAAUCUAGAAAAACGUUAUCGUGGAUAUAAAAACCUUGGUACACAAUUUUCUCAAUGA